CCUUGAACAGUUUUCCAAGUACGAAAUGGAAAGUUUCCUCAAUUGAUUCGAGUGGCAACUAAAUCGAUCGACAAAAUGAAAUAUUUCAAGCAGAGCUUCUUCUUCUUCUUCUUAUUCGUUCUGUAUGAUCUCGUGACUUGUUCUCUAACCGAGGAGAUAACGUUGAACGUCGACUUGAAAGAACCCAUCGCUGUAAUCGAUGAGAAGUUCCUCAGUCUUACCAUUGAUCCAGUAACCCUAUUAGCCGGGAAUGCGCUAAGCACGGAUUUCGAGAGAAGCAUAAACAUGGCUAAAGCCUUAGGUCCUGCAUAUUUACGAUUCGCCGGACCAAAUUCUCUUCCCUACUUUGGCGAUAAGAAUUCUCAAGACAAAGAGGAUAACAGAAAAACAAUACUAUCUGAGUCAGAUUGGGUUGUAGUCCAUCAGUGGGCAGGAAAGGCAGGAUUGGAUGCGAUCGACUGCAUUUCGCCAGACAAUCGACGAAAGGAAUCGAAGGAAUCCGAAGAUCCGGAAGAAAUAAUUUCUUUUGGCGACCAUAUGCAUUUUAACGCCAGCUGGCAACUAGGAUAUGAAUGCCAAAUUAGAUGCGAUCUAUCAGCUGAUGAUUUAGGAAGGCAGACGAUGGCUUUGCGAAAAGUACUCGACGAAUUUCCUAGAUACUCGAACAGUAUCGUUGCUGGCCCCGAUGUCGUCGCUUACAACACCGAUAAACAACGAAAAUAUCUUCGAGAUUACUUCAGCGUCGCCGCGCCUGCACUUUCGGCGAUCACCUGGCAUCCCGUGUUUGCCAGCAUCACUUUGGGAAAUGGAGGAGCUUUCAUACAUCAGGAUAAUUUAGAGCAGGAUAAAGAAGAGAUGUUCAGAGUUAUAGGUCGUUUCAUACAGAAUAAACCAUUAUGGAUUGCUGAGUCCGAUCCGGAAGAAUGCAAAAAUUUAUUCAUCGGAGCGCUCGUUCUGACAAGAAGACUAGGAAACGCGGCAAAGAUAAAUGUAAAGGUGUUCAUGAGGCAACCAACAAACCUGACACGACCAACGCCUGAUUACUGGGUAUCAUUGCUUCACAAGACUCUCGUUGGACGAGAAGUAUUCGAUGCGAAGAUUCAAACCAGCAACGAGAAUCACAUCUACAUGUAUUGCCAAUGCGCGAAAGCUUCGAGUAAAUACGAGAAAGGAUCUAUCGUGAUCUUUGGUGUGAAUUUAAGUCCUGAAGAUGCCACGAUUAAUUUCCAAGCAGCCAAAAUUACCACUGUUCACGAAUACGUUCUUUCGCCGGGUUUCGAUGCUGCUAACAGAAUGUUUGCCGAAACUAUUUUCUUAAACAAUAAAUUGUUGACUUUAACCAACGACACUGUUCCUGAGAUAUAUCCACAUGUUUUGAACGAUACAAAAGGUGUGCAUCUUCACCUGCAGUCGGGCGAUAUUGGCUUUUGGGUUGUUCCUGAUCUACAGGUAAAAUCUUGCAUGGAGAGUGACGUAACACAAAAGAAGAGAACUCUCGUAGAACCAGAAAUUCUACAAAACCUGGGAAAGGCGAAGGAUGUAAGAAUACACGUGACCAGAUCUGUGAAAGACCAAGCAACCACAAAAAACGAAAAACGAAGACAGAGAAGUAACAUCGCAAUAUAUAAGUCGAAUAUAAAAAGGGAACUCAAAAGACUGAGGAGAUUCGUGAAAAAGAAAUUGGACGAUUACGAGAGUAGAUCGCUACUGAAUAUCAGAGGAUUAUCUAACGAGGAAACUAGCGAAAUCUCGAAGCAACCUGAAGAAAGCGUACAAGAUGGAUUACAAGAAUUCAAGGAACGUCUUUUGCGUUUCAAAAACCUAAUGGAUUCGAGCGAUACGAGGUUUGAACUGAAAAAACCGAUAAGCGAUCUCAUCACAGACGCGAUUUCUCUAAUGUUGAAGAUACAGGAUACUCUAAAAAGCAUGAAGAAUAAUACCGAAAGUAACGAAAACCGAGUAAAAUCAUCUCGCAGCGUAAAAGAGUCUCUGAAUACAUUGUACGAUCGUUUGACUGGCACUAACUUGGACGAGUCGAUCGAUCCUCAAGAAAACAAGAUGAAUCAAGGAUCUAAAAGGACUAAGAAGGAUCUACUCGCCGAGAUUGAGAAAUCUGUGGACAGUCUUUUGCGAAAAGGACCCAGAGACGACGACGUCAAAGAACGUAAAUGUGAUUCAAAGAUUGGAUGGUUGAAGAAUAUUAAAAAAAAAACGCGACCGAGUCUCGUGAAAUUUGAAAGCGACGACAGUGGAGAAAGCACUUUACGCGAGAUUUUUGAUACAAAUCCGGUGGAAGAUUUUUCAAACGACGAUGUAUUUUUUGAAGAUUCCUCUCUAAACAGAGACUAUGAUUACGUCUUCGCUGGAAACUCUCCUUUGAAUAAAGAUUGCUCGAGGAACGAUGAACAGAGAAAUCGAAAGAUCGAAGGAAAUUCUCGGAAGAAACCUUCGAAGACGGAUUACCUGAACGAUUAUCUAUGGACUGAACUUGAUGACGCUGAUGAUUAUUCUUCUUACGAUCCCAUAGAUUUCAUCGAAGACUCAAGACCCUGGAAUGAUCCAAUGGAAGUAGCUUUGGAAGACUCUACCGAACUGUCGGAAGAGCAAAUCUAUGAACCUCUGAAAAAUAAUGAGUUUGACAAUGAGGACGAAUCUAGAAUCAUAGGAAUUGAAUCAAACGAAGAUGACGAAGCUCAGGAUGACUAUUACGAAUCCAAUAAUUUUCCAAGGAACCAUAGACUCGUAUAUGGCCCUUUGGUCGAUCCUGAUGCAUUUAUUAUGAAAACCUACGGGUCUGGAAAAAAUAACAGAGCUGGUAAUGAGAAGGAAUUUAGGGUCGUAGGAAGCCAAUCAAACAGAGCUCAGAGAGUACAAGGCGAUAAAAGUAGAUUAAAAGGAAUGGAUGAUUACUAUGAAUAUAGUGAUUUUCCUAAAAACCAUAGACUCACAUAUGGCCCUUUGAUCGUACCAGACGCAACCAUUCUUCGAUAUACUUUGACUAGACAGCCAUCCAAUAAAAGGAAGAAUUACGCAAAUGAAAAAGCUUCUUCCGAUUACUACUUAAGAUCUAUUCUGAAAGGAUUCGAUUUCCCGAUCGAAGCUGAUCAUCCUAGAAAUAAAAAGUUUAAAAGAGAAAGCAAAGAUUUGCACGCUGUACUUGAUCAGGAAAUGAUUAACGAAGACGAGGCGAACUCGAAAAAUUGUAACUGCAGAGUCAUCAGACACUCGAAAGGUCGAUCGAAGAGAGAAGCUAUCGAGUCAAUGGAAUCUGAAAUAGAACAAAUCCCAAAGGAGCCGAGCAUGGAUUUUAGAAAAGACAUAGUUAAAUCAGAUGUACGCGAGGAUGCAGACGUAGAGGUGUUCUCAGAACUCAGAGAGGAUCUUUUGGAGAAAGUAAAAUCGCAAGCCGAAUCUUGGAACCCGAGGAUUGGUCGAGAUACAAAAACACCGUUACAAAUUGAAGCUAGCACCGAGAAUUUGAAUGCAAAUACAGCUUCAUCGAUCCUACACAACGAUUCGGACAAAGAAGAAUUUUCAGAAAUCAAAGACUCGCCUAUAGAAAAUGCAAAAUCGUCAAAUGAAUCUGCGAGCAAGAAAAUCGCACAAGAUGGAAAAGAGGCGUCAUCGGAAAUUGAGAAAGAGGAAAAUAAUGGGUCGAAGUUUGAGUCAAAUAUUCCCUCUCUGCAAAACAGAUCAGAUCUUAAAUUUUAUUCUCAGAUCCUACCUGCUGAUCGAUCGACAACUUUAGACUCGAAAGAACAGAAGAGCUCAGCUGGAUUUUCGGAAACAUUGAAACACAACGAGAAAGUGUUUUUUCAUGGACAAUCCGAUAAAAAGAAUGAAGAGAACACAUCGAUUUAUACUGCAAGGUAUACUGCGGUUGAUCAAAGAUAUUCUACGCCCGAUCAAGGAUAUUCUACGCCCUUUGUCGUUGAAGAGUUUGCAAAGGAAAAGGGAGAAACUGAGGAGGCUGAAGAAGCUGAGACUCGGAAGGUAGAGAGUUUAAGCACGACAGUCAAGACGGCCACUUUAUCAGAGGAAACUAUCGAGGAAGAAUCUGAAAACAAUUACGAUAGCGGUAACGCUGUCGGAGCAAGCUCGAAACGAGAGGUUAAACUGGAGCAAGUUCCCCAUGAAAAAGUGAAGCUCGCGAGCCGACCUCGCUCACCUAAACAAAGUAAGAAGCAGACGAAAUUAAAUGUUUCUAAGCCUCAAGAAUCUAAACUAUGGAAGAGAAUAAGAACACUGAAGGCGAUAAGGGAUCUGUUUCGUAAAUUGAAAGAGUCGGGCACUAUGUCUGUCCCAAGAUUGAGAUCGCCUAAGUACGAGGAACAACGAAGAAAUCGAACGGAACGGCUUAAACAAUUACGGAAGAAAUUAAGUGACAAAGGACAAGUGACGUUAAAGAAAUCCGAAAAAAGUGACAACGAUACGGUAGAGAAGGAAAAGGGCGAACAGAAGAGAAGUCUGAAAAGAAGAGAGGUUUGGGAGACGGUCAGAACCAGCGAAGAUUUUGCAGAUAUGAUCGAUCGCGAGAGAUUAGCGUAUAUAUUAAUGUACCCACCAACGAAACACGAUUUGAAAAGAGAAGCCAGUACCAGCGACGAGGUGGAAACGAUAGAAGUACCAGUAACUGAGAUUAUCAGAGCGAAAAAUGUCAGACAAAGAGUUUUUACUCCUGAUGAUCGAAGAAACUUUCGCGACACUACGAUUAUAGAACACCCUAAUCCUGAUAAAUUAAAAGAGAAGAUUAUACAAUUGACUAAUUUAUAUGAGAGUAAAAUAUCAAGAGGAGGAAGAUCUGAUGAAAAUAAGGGCAAUGAUAAGGUUUAUUUUGCUCUGGUGGAAGACGUAGAAAGACCACGAAUAUUUUAUUACGAGGAAGAUCCGGAAAAUGAAGGGAAGAGGAAUAUGAGGGCACUGUCGUCGCGGCCCUUCUACAAUAGCAAGUACAGGCACAAUCGACUGAUACAGAAGCCUUACCGGGAAAGUCUUAAAGCCGCUCAAUAUACUAAGGAAGAAUCAGAUGAGUUCCCCGGGGGCAAAGAAAUAUACAUAAUCGAUCCCUCCGAGUACAAAGGAGGGCAUCCUUCGUUGCAGUUGUACAGUCCAUCGACAUCGAGAAUCAAUUCACGGGAAAAGAUCGCUCCGAAAAAUAAGUACAAAGUCAGUUGGGAUCCUAUCUCGAGCUCCGAGCCUUACAGAAUUCGUGAAACAACUGACAAACGCGAAGGAAGAGUGCCAAGUGAAAAUUCUCAAGAACCGUCGAAGAGCGCUGAAAAACUUUUACAAAUUUUGAUCGAAAACCUCGACUCUGAGACUACUGACAAACUUUUUAAGAAACUAACAGGACGCAGUGUAGCGGACGAUAAAGGCGAACAUUUCACCAAUUCGAUUUCAAAAUCGAAAAAAGAAACCGGAAGAAGACAAUCAGAGGAAGAUGAGGAGCUCGAGGCAAUUUUUGAAAGUAUGGAGAAUCCUAAGGAAAGUGUGUCUAUGGAUGAUGAUACGCAAGGCGCCAAGAGACGGGGGAAAAACUAUCGAGGUGUUUCGGAAGAAAAACUAUCGGAAGAAGGUGUAGAAGAGGAUGAGGAGUCCGAAAAAAUUUCUGAUAGUAGAGAGAAUUCUAAGGAAAGCGUGUCUUUGGAUGAUGAUACACAAGGCAGCAGGAUACAGAGGGAAAACUAUCGAGAUGUUUCGAAAGAAAAACUGUCGGAAGAAAAUUUGGAUGAAGGUAAAGAAAAUGAGGAGUUCGAAAAUAUUUCUGUAAGUAGGAAGAAUUCUAAGGAAAACGUGUCUUUGGAUGAGGAUACACAAAACAGCAGGGGACAGAGGGAAAACUAUCGAGAUGUUUCGAAGGAAAAAUUGUCGGAAGAAAAUUUGGAUGAAGGUAAAGAAAAUGAGGAGUUCGAAAAUAUUUCUGUAAGUAGAAAGAAUUCUAAGGAAAACGUGUCUUUGGAUGAGGAUACACAAAACAGCAGGGGACAGAGGGAAAACUAUCGACAUGUUUUGGAAGAAAAUGUGGAAGAAGAUGAGAAGUUCGACAACAUUUCUGAAAAUAGAGAGAAUUCUAAGGAAAGCGUGUCUUUGGAUGAUGAUACACAAAACAGCAGGAGACAGAGGGAAAACUAUGGAGAUGUUUCGGAGGAUGAAAUACAAACUGAAAGAGCGGAUGUUUCUGAAACGCUGAUUCCUGAAGAAAAUGCCACAAACGCUAAUAUUUCUGAAGGAGAUUCAGAAGAAGAAGCGACGCACAUACGAAUACGGAGAAAUGCGAAUACCAGAUCAAACGAAGAAUAUUUGAAGUCUAUGCCUUCGAUUUUAAUGCGUAAAAUAUCGAAAGCAAGCCAGAAGACUGAAUUGGAUAACUAUUUACAUGUAAAACAGAGUCCAGGAAAGAUCUCUGGUGAAAAUCCAUCUAAACUGAGAAUUGAAAAAGCGAAAGAACGUUUCAACGUAGUUCCUGAUAAAAAAUUCUACGGUAAAGCGGUAGCAAAUAUAAAGAAACAGAUUUAUUUAACGAAAAGAAGCAAUAACGAUGAAUUUAAAAAAUAUCAAUAUUUUCCUAAAAAUCUAAAAAUUACAAGUACUUUGCCAUCGAGGUCAUGUAAUUCCUUUACUAAGAAAAACUCUGUCGAUCCAUAUAGAAAACUAUUUGAAAACCAGCAAAAUGAGUCAGACUUCGCAGAGAAAGGAUCAAAAUUGAGAAAAAGCAAAAAACGUUCAGACGAUGCUUCGUAUAAGGAUGAAAAUGUAUCCAACGUGCAAGAACUUGGUAAUGAAAAGAAAAAUGAAAGGAAUAAGAAAAGUAACAAGGAGAUGGAUUUAAAAGAGGAAUCACUUUCUAAUAAACGUGAAGUAUUAAUGGUGCUGCCGUGGGUAAAAAGGUCCAGCAGACCGCGGAGAGAAACGAUAGAUCAAGAGAAGAUCGGCAAAAAUAAUAAAGCGGACAAGGUACAACCAUUUGUAUUGCAACAUCUAGACGGAUCUUACAACCCGAAGAACCCGAUAUCCAGUCAGAUCGAUGACGUCGAAAAAUCGCUGAUUCAGAAGAUACCACUUGAAAAAUUUACGGCGAAAGGGAAUAUUAACAGGAGGAAAAAUAUAAAGAGAAAUAAAAAAGACGAUGAUGGAUUGUCAUCGCUUCUACAGAAAAGCAUACCAAAGUUAGGGAACGUUGUGGUCAAUGGGUUAAAUAAAGCAGAGAAUUUUACUGGAUCGGUGGAACAGUUAAUUAUGAAUCUGGAUGAGAAGUAUAACAAGACUCUGAAAGAGGAACCACGAGGCAAUUCUACAAUGUCAGUUGACCCUGGUCAGAGUAUUUUUCACAAUGCGAUAGUGAACGUGAAGAAGUUUUUUAUAUUACUUAAUGGUAUCACUAAUAUUAUUCGAGAUAUCCAUAAUCCGUAAUAAUAUAUUUUCUCGUUAUUAAACGCUACGUAAUUUAUAAGAUAUACAUUCUGAUUUUCUAUCUACGCUAUUUUUGUAACGUAAUUUUCUAAUAUU